AUGGAGUCCGGGGACGUUUCCAAGAUGACUGCUCUUCUCAUGAAGCACAUUCUCAGAGGAGGAGACACCAUGAGCGGGUCUAAGUGGUCCUUUCUGCUCCUCGCCGUCAUAUUCUCCGCUUGGAGGCCAGUAGCCGGCGGCACACUGACAGAUCUGGAGUUCGAGCGGAGCCCCAAAACCGUCAUCUCCUCGCUGGGCAAACCCAUCACAAUGCACUGCACCCUGAAGGGCACGGGGGGCGAGGAGGAGGACCCCCCUGAUGUGCUCUGGCUGAGAGACAGCGUGCCGCUGCUGUACGCCGACACCAACCAGUUCCAAGUCCACACCGGCAGCGACAGCUGGACGAUCAUGAGCACGCUCAGUAUUGACAAGGUCCAGCUUCCCGACAUGGGCGCCUAUCGAUGUGCUGUUCUAUCCGAAAGCCACCAGACCAUGUCUGAGGAGGGGAGCGUUCAGCUGGAGGGCCUUCCUCAUUUCUCCGUGGAGCCCCAGCACAUGUCUAUAGUGGCCAACGUAUCCCUGAGCCUGAGCUGUGUGGCCCACGGUCCUCCAGAGCCGGUCAGAGUCAUCUGGCUGCAGGACGGCGCUCCUCUCAACUCCCUGGAUGACCCGGUGGCUCUGUCACCCUCCACGCUCAACCUCACAGGUUUGAACCGAACCAGCACUUUUUCUUGUGAGGCCCAUAACCGCAAAGGAGUGGCCACCUCUGGAUCCGGUACCAUCACUGUCCUCCCGUCCAAGCCUCAACACCUGGAAGCCAUGGAGAUCACACCGACCAGUCUCCGUUUAACAUGGCAGCCCGCUUUUGGAGGCGACUACCCGAUAGUCCGCUGCACUGUCCAGGCCAAACAUUCAGGAGAGUCCGCAGCAGCAGGCCCGGAUAAAAUGAUCCACAACCAGAAUGUGAACGUCCCACCAGCCACGCACUUCAUCGGGGAGCUGGAGCCCCACCGCCUCUACGCAGUCAGGGUGGCCUGCCACAGCAGCCAGGGCCCAUCUGACUGGUCGCCCUGGGUGGAGCUGCGCACCAAAGAAGGAGUGCCAGAAAACCCGCCGGUCAACGUGAGCGCAGCGCUGAACGGGACAGAGGUGCUGGUGACGUGGGAAGGGCCUCCGGGGAAGCUGAACGGAGAGCUCCAGGGCUACCUGGUGGAGUACAGCACGCCUGCAACGCAGCAGUUUAUCGUGAACACCGCCCUGGACACAGAGCUGUCAAUCAACGUUUCCGUCCCCCUCUCCAAUGUGUCUUUUCGAGUGUGCGCCUAUACAGGGGCGGGGCAAGGACCCUGGACCCCCAUACAGACCCUGACUCUUAUUGAUCCCGAAAUGGAGGAACUUAAGGGUCCAUCCUCGCCCCCGGCCUUUUCCUGGCACUGGUGGUAUGUGGUGAUGGCCGUCGCCGGCGCUGUGUCCAUAGCUGUGCUCAUGGCCGUUUACGUGGCCAAGCUGCGGAGCAAGGAGACGCGUUUUGGGGAGGCGUUCGAACCCAUGAUGGAGAGCGGAGAGCUGGUGGUCAGGUACCGCGCUCGCCGCACCUACAGCCGCAGGACCACAGAAGCAACACUGAACAGCCUGGGCAUCAGCGACGAGUUGAAGCAGAAGCUCCAAGACGUGAUGGUGGACAGACAUAAACUAACCCUGGGAAAGACGCUGGGAGAAGGGGAGUUUGGCUCUGUGAUGGAGGGGCUGCUGACUCAGGAGGAGGCUGUUCUCAAAGUUGCAGUGAAGACUAUGAAGAUUGCCAUCUGCACCCGCUCAGAGAUGGAAGAUUUCCUCCGCGAGGCGGCCUGCAUGAAAGAGUUUGACCAUGCCAAUGUCAUGAGGCUUCUAGGUGUGUGUCUGCAGACUGUGGAGAGUGAAGGUUACCCCUCCCCCGUGGUCAUCCUGCCCUAUAUGAAACACGGAGACCUGCACAGCUAUCUGCUCUACUCGAGGCUGGGAGACUGUCCCGUGUACCUCCCGUCUCAAAUGCUGGUAAAGUUCAUGGCCGAUAUUGCCCGAGGGAUGGAGUACCUCGGCAGGAAGAACUUCAUCCACAGAGACCUUGCUGCUCGCAACUGCAUGCUGAACGAGAACAUGAAUGUCUGUGUGGCCGACUUUGGCCUCUCCAAGAAGAUCUACAACGGAGACUACUACAGGCAGGGCCGGAUCUCAAAGAUGCCCGUCAAAUGGAUCGCUAUCGAAAGCUUGGCCGAUCGCGUCUACACAACCAAGAGCGACGUGUGGUCGUUUGGAGUCACCAUGUGGGAGAUCGCCACGCGGGGCCAGACUCCGUACCCCGGCGUUGAAAACAGUGAGAUUUAUGAUUACUUGAGACAAGGAAACCGUCUCAAACAGCCUCCAGACUGUCUGGACAGCAUCUACUCCCUGAUGUUUUCCUGCUGGCUGCUGAGCCCCAAGGACCGCCCCUCAUUCGAGGCCCUGUGCUGCGAGCUGGAAAAAGCCCUCGAGGAUCUGCCGGACACUCAGGACCCGGACGAGAUCCUGUACGUCAACAUGGACGAGUCCUCCAUGGAGCUAGGGGCCGUCGGCGGCCGCGACCCCGCCGGAGGGCCGUCCCCUCUCUGCCUGAAGGGCCUGGACUCCGUGACCACCGUGGAGGUCCACCAACCCAACCGCUACGUCCUCUGUCCCCAGCACGAGACCAACCGAGCCCUCUCGGACUCCCUGGAGAGCCUGGACAUGCCGGUGUCGUCCUCCACAGCCACGCUGCCUCUACAACCAUCCUGCCACUCCACUCCCAACCCCACGCCAGCUCCCACCCCGACUGUGGAGCUGCUGGAGGACAGGGAAGCGUCCAAGAGAAUGCCCUGGCAGUGAUGGCUCCACUCUUAAAACAUGACUCGUCACUGCCAAAGCGUGCGGUCCCUUAACCCCUAGUCCAAGAACCGAGAUCCAGCCUCUUGCUACUGACUGUAAGAAACCCUAAUGUGCCCCGACAUACAGAUUUUUGCACAAAUGCACGCACAGCUGAAGGCAUUCCGAGGAAGUGAAGGAUCGGAAUUAUUUCCUCUCUCUUCUACAUAUUGUACAUAUUGUUGCCCACGAACACUGCAGCACAAUCAGAGAAAUGCAUUCCCAGUCGCUAUAGCAAUAAAAGACCGGAUCUGCACAGCUGCUUGUAUACAGCAGAUCGAUCUCCUCCAUGUGAUUAAGCUACAACAAGUCUCUGUGAAACCAGCUCAGACACUGCCAGGCUGAAUCCACAACCAAACACACUCAGAGGCCUGAACGCUAACGCGGAGGACUCGCACCGGCCGAGGAAAGUCUUCCUUUGACGGAGAACCCUCACCCAUCCGAGCCCCUGCUUCUGUGCAACUCAAAAGCAAAAAAUGGCAGGAAAAGACAGGAAGAAGCCGCAGAGUCUCUUUCACUGACGGUGUCAUCAUCUGAUGAAGACCACUGGCUGCUCUACGGUUAUAUUCUUUCAUGAAGAAGAGUUUAACGACAGGAAUCCCUCAACUGAAGUUCACCAAACCUGAAGUUAGAAGACUUUUUCCCUACAGCAGCAACAGAAUAUGAAUGAAAUUAUAUUUUUUUAAAUAAGUAAUAACAAAAGAAUUAAGAGACCAAAAUGUACAAAGAUAAUAUCAUUCCACUGCAGGCUUUUGGGACUUUUUCGUUUGAAGCAGUUUUGAAUGAGGAGUCUACCAUCCACAGUCGUAUGAUAGCCUAGCGUAGCGCUCUGGGUCGUACUGCUAGUUGCCCAUUAAGCACAACGAGACGUUUACAGGUCACGCAAGGCUUUCGUCCCGAGCAGGAGAGACGCCUGUGAAAGUCCUGAUUCAACCAGUCUUCACUUCUUUUGUCAUAACUCAGGACUUAGACUUUGCUCGACGGGGACAGAGGUACUAGUCCAACAAUGAGGGACAGAGGUCCUGGUCUAACAAAGAGAGACAGAGGUACUGAUCAAACAAAAAGGGACAGAUGUCCUGGUCUAACAAAGAGGGUAUGAACAAUCAGAGGCAGGAGGAUGGACUGAUGGACGGUACAGACAUGGUGGAGUAACCCAGGGCAAACGGCAGGAUAAGCUCCUCGUCUUUGCUUUUGGCUCAAGCACAGUGUUAUUACACAUUUUGUAAUUAUUAUUUUUUUAAUGCUGAUUUUUGUAUUUCUACAACUUUGCACUAAUGUUUUUUUUUAUAUAUAUAUCAUUGUAUGUUUGUUUGUAAUUUGUAUAUAUAUUUUUUAUGCUUUUUUUUCAUUUUAUGUCAUAAAUACUUUCUGUUCAGUCCUGCAGACGCCUCACAGGGAACAACUUGCAUAUUCAUAAAGGCAGAGAAUAAAAGCCUAAUAAAGCGUCGCAGGGCGUCCAAGGGAGCGAGAGGCCGGGAGGCCGGGGAACGCGAUGCACCUCGCCUCCUGUCGCCGUCCUGCCACUCUCUUA